AUGUUACUGUCUCACUCCUACCUACCAUACACCGCGCCCCCGCCGCAGCCUGACUACUCCAGCCUGCUGCCCGACUACGAGGAGGCGGUGAAACAGACCCCGCCGCCUUCAUACCGCGCCGCUACGCUCAUGGCCCACGCUGACCCCGCUGUAACCACGCCUGACUACUCCAGCCUGCUGCCCGACUACGAGGAGGCGGUGAAACAGACCCCGCCGCCUUCAUACCGCGCCGCUACGCUCAUGGCCCACGCUGACCCCGCUGUAACCACGCCUGACUACUCCAGCCUGCUGCCUGACUACGAGGAGGCGGUGAAACAGACCCCGCCGCCUUCAUACCGCGCCGCUACGCUCAUGGCCCACGCUGACCCCGCUGUAACCACGCCUGACUACUCCAGCCUGCUGCCUGACUACGAGGAGGCGGUGAAACAAACCCCGCCGCCUUCAUACCGCGCCGCUACGCUCAUGGCCCACGCUGACCCCGCUGUAACCACGCCGCCAACGCCGCCUGGCGCCGUGCCCCCCCCGGCCCCCAGCACGGCGCCGCCCGCCGACACCGUGGUAAUGCUGCCACAGCACGGCACACAAGCGCGGGUUUGA